AUGUCUCUACGAUCGUUUGAAAUGAACGACGAUGAAUAUGAUCUUGUAAGCGACGUCGGUGGAAUGAUCCAAGUUGUAUCUGAUGAGCAUUCCGCCACAUCGCUCAUACUUGCCAAUUUGGUUGCCCGACGAAUGCGCGAAUUCAAAGACAACGAGGACAAUUUCACCGGAUCUGGAACUGCUCCAACAGAUCUCCUGUCAAGUCUCAGUUCAAAUGAUACCGAUGACGUUAGCCACGACUUCUUACAGGGAAUAGCCCAUUCCAUGGAUCUUACGACCAUGCCUGACAACUUGUUGCUUCUGGUUCUCCCUAUGCUGCUGCAUGUUGAUACAAAACUUCCGACCCCCGAGGACCUUCAUGCUCUGCAUGAAUUUGCUGAGGCAUCGCCUAUGCACCGAGACCAUGUGAAAACAUGGUUGAGAUCCGAACCGGCUCAGAGUACACUUGAACAGGUUUUCAAGCCAUGGAUGCACUACUACAGUUUCAAACCCGCAUAUCAAUGCAGAGAUGAGAUUGCGGCUUACAAAGCCAGCCGAGGUGGUGCUGGGUUUAACUAUGCGUAUGAAUUCGUGAAGGAAUGUCAAUGUACAAGCUGUCUCUCACUUCUCGGGAAUCUUGGGUUAGUCGAUUUCAGGAACUACGACCAAAAUGGGAGGAGCUUCCUUCAUGCAGCUAUUGAGGGCCGAGAUGGCGAAUGUGUACUGUUUAUUCUCGCUAUUUUGCUGAAAGGAGACUUGGAUCCUCGGCAUUUUCCCACGUCUAUCGAUGGGAUGUCCAUUCCGCACCAUGUCGCUUUGAUGCAUGACAAUGAUGUCUUUAGAGGAGUCGUUGAGUUUCUAGAGGAUGCCGGCUAUCCUCUAUCUGUGUGGAACGAUGAUGGCCUCAAGCUUGAGCUGUGCAGCUUCAUCACUGCCGAAAUGGCCGAACGGCUCCUGUCGAAAGGAUUCAAUAUCACCAAGCUCUCCAGAAAUACACUUCCAAUGUAUCUGCCCAACGAGAAUGACCCCGAAUACGAGUCCGGCGAGGAGUGGAACCGCGAUGCAGAAUACGGUGAUCCGAUCAUCCGGGACGAAGACUUCGACCCCGACAAUGACAAACUCGACCCAAAAUCAAUUCAAUAUGAUGGUGUUGGAAUCAAUCCCAUCGAACUCCAUCCCACCUCUCGAACCAUCUGGCACCGGGCAAUCGAAAACCCCGAAGGUCCACGAAUCCUUGACUGGCUUCUGGAUCACUCGUAUACCCAGCCAGGGUGUCGGACAGACUUCGACCGAGACACCGGCGAGACAGCUCUGGUAGUUGGCGCAAGAGGAGACGAGCCAGCUGGUAUUGAUUGGUUCUGUCAACACUGUGAUCCCAUGGCGGGGCGGAUCCGAGUCUCCCAGGACACUGAGGGCGAUGAAACUGCAGCUGCUUAUGCGUUACAAGUAGCAGCUCACAACCUGCGGCCACAUUGCGAUGUCAUUUUCAAAAAGCUUUUGCGUCAUGUGGACCAGCAAUUUUACUGGGAUGUUUCUAUGAUCAAGGGCUUGUAUUGGUUGAUUAUCAAGAAUUAUCGAGAUAUGUACCAAAGGUUGGAAGAUUAUAAGGAUCCAGGCCGUGAGAGAGCUCAGCAGAUGGGGCUCCUGCGCUCACUCACUUCGGCUAAAAUCAGAGCGCUGAAUAACAGACUCGAGCCUUUCUGGGAUACCUGGGGGCCGUCUGAACAGCGAAGCUGGCUCGUUCAGUACUGUACGAUUCUUAGGUUGAACUUCAUUGUAAAAGAUUUAAGUUCGGAUGUUUGGGAUGAUUCUGAUUAG